AUGGCUUCAAUGAUAUAUUGGGUUGUGCGACAUGCCGAACGUGAGGAUAAUAUAAACUCGGCGUGGCAAAAUAAUUCGACGUUAAAGAAACAAGCAGAUGAGCUUGCUGUUCGUUUCAAUAACAUUCAUUUGGAUCAUAUCUUUGUUUCACCUUUUGAUCGUACUCUUGAAACAGCUACACGACUUUUACGAGGUCACAAUAAUGCUACGAUAAAAGUUGAACCGGGAUUAUGUGAGGGAUUAUAUAUGUGUGAAGAUCCUCCUGGAUAUGAAGAUCUAAAUACCCUGAAAGAGAAAUAUCCACUUGUCGAUACACGUUAUAAGUCUGUAAUGCCGUGGAAGCUUCCUCGAGAAGGCGUUGGUGAUGAAGCUUGUACACCACGCGUACAGAUAACUUUGGAAGGGAUCGAGAAACGUUUUCCAGGUACUGAAGUAUUACUUGUGUCUCAUGGAGCUCCAAUUGGUGCAAUCCAUGAAGUGCUGGGCGGUUCUUGGAAAUACGUUGGCCAAGCAACAGUAUCAAAAUUUGUCAAAAAACCGAAAGGUGGUUAUAUCAAAGAACUCAGCGGUGAUGCAUCUCAUCUUAGCGACAAAACUAAUCUUCGAGCGUGGUAG